UCUUGGCUUGUCCUCCAAGUUCUUUCACCCAAAAAUACUGCGUCUUACUCUUUUGGAAUUCAGAUCGCAAAGCAAAAGCGAAGGCAGAUCCUUCGACGUAGCUUUUUGUUUCUUUUGGUGAGAAAAGAGAACAAACAAGAGAGAAGAAAACUAAAGAAACAAGGCGUGAUUAUAUAGAAAAAGCAUAGACAAAAAUGGCGAGAUAUGAUCGAGCAAUUACAGUUUUCUCCCCCGACGGGCAUUUAUUCCAGGUGGAGUACGCUCUCGAAGCCGUCCGCAAAGGUAACGCCGCCGUCGGAGUACGUGGAACCGACAUCGUCGUCCUCGGCGUCGAGAAAAAGUCCACCGCCAAGCUCCAAGACUCCAGAACUGUUAGAAAGAUUGUGUCUUUGGAUGAUCAUAUUGCUCUGGCUUGUGCGGGUUUAAAAGCAGACGCUCGCGUCUUGAUUAAUAGGGCUCGAAUUGAAUGUCAGAGUCAUAGGCUCACAGUUGAGGAUCCUGUAACUGUCGAAUAUAUAACACGAUACAUUGCUGGUCUUCAACAGAAAUAUACGCAAAGCGGUGGUGUGAGACCCUUUGGUCUUUCCACCUUGAUUGUUGGUUUUGAUCCGUACACCGGUGUUCCUUCUCUUUACCAGACUGAUCCAUCGGGAACAUUUUCUGCUUGGAAGGCUAAUGCAACUGGGAGAAACUCUAACUCGAUGAGGGAGUUUCUGGAGAAAAAUUAUAAAGAGACUUCUGGGCAAGAAACAGUAAAGUUAGCCAUUCGCGCUUUGCUUGAAGUUGUUGAGAGUGGGGGAAAGAACAUAGAAGUUGCCACGAUGACAAAAGAGCAUGGACUGCGUCAACUAGAAGAAGCUGAAAUCGAUGCCAUUGUUGCUGAGAUCGAAGCAGAGAAAGCAGCUGCAGAGGCUGCAAAGAAGGCCCCACCUAAAGAAACCUAGUUCAAUUAGAAUCCACAUAAAUCCUUGGCCUUGCCUCAGUUUGUCCUUCAUAAGUUCUUCCUUGAAACGUUAUUCAGUUAUGUUGAUUGGUCGGACAUGUUGAAUGUUGAUACGUGCAAAACCUUACAUGUAUUUUGAGCAUCAUGCUUUUGCUGAUAGUACUUGAUUGUGUCACAAAUAGAGUAACAUCCAACUCUUUCUACGUUUUCCUUUCUCGUUGCACCCAAUAAAAAAGAAGUGACAAAUUCUUAUCGAUUAAAAA